AUGGAAAACACAAUAAAGAUAGUAACUUACAACGUUAAUGGCCUAAGACAAAGAGUCUCACAAUUUGGGUCUCUCUCAAAACUCCUAAACACUUUCGAUGCAGACAUCAUUUGCUUUCAGGAAACAAAAUUAAGAAGACAAGAGUUAACAUCAGAUUUAGUAAUAGCUGAUGGGUACGAGUCCUUUUUUCUUGCACGCGAACUAAUGAUAAAGGCCGUACUGGGGGUUGCAACAUUUUGUCGUGUAAAGUCUGCAUUUACGAGUACUGAAGUGGCAUUGCCGGUUGCAGCGGAGGAGGGUUUUACUGGGUUUGCUGAUGGGUGUAAAAGAAAAGAAGGGCUUGAGGAGUUUGAAGAAGUUGAGCUUGUCAAGGUUGAUGGUGAGGGUCGGUGUGUCAUUACUGAUCAUGAUCAUUUCGUUCUUUUCAACUUAUAUGGGCCUCGAGCGGCGGGUGAUGAUACAGAGAGAAUUGAGUUUAAGAUGAAGUUUUUUAAGAUAUUACAGAAAAGAUGGGAGAACCUUCUGCAUGAGGGAAGGAGGGUGUUUGUAGUUGGUGAUCUCAAUAUUGCGCCUACUGUUAUGGAUCGGUGUGAUGCAGAUCCAGAUUUUGAGAAGAACGAAUUCAGAAGAUGGUUCAGGUCUAUGCUAAUGCAGUCGGGUGGGAUUUUUGUUGAUGUUUUCAGAGCAAAACAUCCUGACAGAAGAGAAGCAUACACAUGCUGGUCAUCGAGCACAGGUGCCGAACAAUUUAAUUUUGGGAGUAGGAUUGACCAUAUACUCUGUGCUGGGCCAUGCUUGCAUCAAGAGCAUGACUUGCAAGGCCAUAGCUUCUUGUCCUGCCAUGUCAAGGAAUGUGACAUAUUGACGGAGUAUAAACGCUGGAAACCUGGAGAUACGACUAGGUGGAAAGGAGGGUGGGGCAUCAAAUUGGAAGGUUCAGAUCAUGCUCCGGUUUAUAUGAGUUUGGAAGAAAUCCAUGAUAUUCCCAAACAUAGCACUCCGCCUUUAUCUGCUAGAUAUCUUCCCAUGAUUCAUGGUGUCCAGCAAACUCUUGUGACCUUGUUAAUGAAAAGGCAGGCUGCUACACAAGUGCCAUCCUACAGGAUAUCAAGCUCAUCUUCAGAUGGAGAUGCUAGUGGAAGGGCCUGCAGCCAAAGCAUUAAAAGUUCAUUCAAUGACUGCAGUAUAUUUUGCCCAUCUACAAGUGUCUCCUGUUCUUUGACUGAAGACCUUGAUGGUGCCAUUUCAAAAACAGAUGCGAAUUCCAAGGAUUUGACUAAUGAGAAUCAGGACCGUCCGGACAACACAAUGAUACUGCAAAGUCAGCAUUCUAAGUUGGUGCAUGCUGAAGGAACCCAGAAAAAAGCAAGAAAAAGUCGGUGUUCCCAGCUCUCCCUAAGAUCUUUUUUCCAGAAGAGUCCCAACCUUAGCACUGUUGCUGAGAACUCUACUGAUACUUCGCCUAGUCAGGCAGAACCAAACUCUAGCUAUCACUCGAAUGAUUUUCAUGCACUGGAUGAUAAAAGCAGCAGUCCCAAGCAUUGCGAACUGAAUCCAAGUACAGGCUCUCAGGAUCAAGAUGAGGGAAGCGAUGGCUUGCUUGAGAGAGAGAAAAAUAAUGUUGCUUUGUUGGAGUGGCAGAGGAUUCAGCAACUCAUGCAGAAUAGUAUUCCUGUUUGCAAGGGUCAUAAGGAACCCUGUGUUGCUCGGAUAGUAAAGAAACCAGGGCCCACUUUUGGCUGCAGAUUUUUUGUUUGCUCUCGAGCUGAGUCCCUCAUUCAAUCAAAGGGAAUUCUGCAUUUCCGCAGCUCUGCAAUUGCACUAGCUGAGGAUGUUCUGCAUCGGCUGGUUGUGUCAUGUGAAAUUGGUGCCCUUUGCUCUGAGGAAAAAGCAGACCAAGGAGGAUCAGCUGUAGGUAUUUGCAUUGCAUCUGUUGUCAUAUUAGCUCUUGUCGUCCUCGUUUUUGUUUCCAUCUGCAAGUGUUCUUCUACUACAUUAGGCAACUUGUCUUCUAAUAAUCAGCAAAAUCCUACGACAUCCAACUCAUGUUCCCGUGAACCUAAUACACAAGCCCACCAGGAACUUGUAGCCCUACCAGUUUCUGUCUUUGGAGAACAAACACUACCCUCAACCUCAAACUCAGCGUUGCCGCAACCAUCAUCAUCAGAAUCUUCUUCUCCUUUCGCAUUUUCUUAUGGAAACUGUGCGAUUUGCUUGGAUGAUUAUGCCCAUGGAGAGUCCAUAAGGGUCUUGCCUAGUCUCCUAAAGAACUUACAGCUAAAGCAGUACACAACAACGAUAGAUUCUCCUAAUGUGGUGGCAGAUGUUACAGGUUCAUUUACAUUAUUUCCUUUCAGCAAUGGCAGGAUUCAUUACAACCAAGACGCCAUUACUAUGCUGUGUUUAAUCGUUUUAUUGCUGGUCAAGUGCUUUUUUCCUGAUGAUGAGAACAAAGAUAACAGUGCUAAAAGUCCUGAUUGUGAUGAGAUUGCUGCGCUUCCUACGUUUUCGGUUGGGUCGAAUUCGUUGCCUCUAUGUUCUUCUGCAUCGUUGGAGCAUGAGAGCUCUGCCAUAUGCUUCGAUGAGUACAUUCAUGGAGGUUACAUAAAGGUUUUGGCUAGGGGUAAACACAUGUUCCAUAGGGACUGCAUUGAUAAGUGGCUGCUGUUAUAUUCAUUAGCUUGUCCCGUUUGUAGAGACCAAGCCCUUGAGCAGAAUAAGGAAGCCUACAAUGAUGAAUUAGGAAUCGAUAGAUUUUGGUAA